GUCGGAGCUUCUUCACAGUGGUGGAUACAGAAGAAAUGGCACGCAACGAGGCRGUUGGCGAUAAUCCGACCGUGGAGGAGAAACAGCAACGGCGGGUUGAGUCGCUAGGCUGGUUGACUGAGUCAUCCGUUCUCCCAAAGAAAAAGCGGACGAUCGAAGGAGUUGGUGCAAGCUCCAUUGUUGUGCUCAAGGCUGAGCUUUACCGAUCGCAGGAGGAGGCGGCGCGAGAGGAUCAAGGUUUGAAUGAUAAAGAAGAGAGGCGGCCCAAGAACAAGGAACGAGGCGUUGGCACAAUUUAUUUGAAGAAGAAUACAGGGGUGGACGAGAGGGAUCACAGGGACCGCCUGGCACUUAAAGCCGGAACCAGGAGUGAGCUCGAUGUUUACGCGACUCUUGAGAAGAAGGCAGAGUUCUUGGGGGAAUUCCAUACCGAAGCCAGAUACCAGGCCAUUGAAAACACCGGCGAUUUUAGCACCAUGCGUGGGGAGGUCUCAGAUGAGGAGGGCGAGGAGAAGUACAGUGUGGAUUUCUUCCAGAAAGGACUGCACGAUCAAGUGCCACAACGCAGAAGCGAUUGGGAUGCUGACGAGGAAGAUAGGGAAAGAGGCACAGGUUCCACUCGCCUGAGGGAGCCUGAUUCCAAUGAUGACAAGGGACUGGUAUCUGAUGACAUGCGCAGGGAACAACAAAGGGCCCAGUGGGAAAGCGAUAGCUUGCGGUCCCAUGAAGAUGAGCUUGUGGCAGCGCAGAGGCGGGAGGAGCAGAAACGGGUCAUCCGGGAGGUACCUCGAAGACGAAGCUGGAGCAACGGCGCUGCAGUACCAGCUCCGUUGACGGACGACGGGGUAGCGGUUGUCGAUCUCCGCUCCUAUCUUGCGAAGAUUGACCGCGAGUACGCCACCCAAAGGUACGCCGGAACUGACGCGCCUUUGCUCUAUAUCCGCAUUCAGAUCGGAAAGGCAACCUGUAGUGCCUUGAUUGAUUGCGGAGCGUCUCGCAACUUUAUGAGCCAAGCCUUUAUGGCCCGCGCAGGUCUUGGCCCGCGCGUUCGAAGAAAGACGCAACCUACGCAAGUUACACUCGCGGACGGCCGCACCCAAAAGUCAAUCGACCGAUGCGUCGACGGCGUUCCAGUAUACUUUGAGCCACUUGCGUGCGAGCCGGUGUCUUUUGACAUCCUCGACACCAAGUUCGACAUGAUUCUAGGCAUGUCUUGGUUGCGUAGCGCCGAUCAUCUGGUGAACUUCCAUGACCGAACCGUUCACAUCCGUGAUCGGAACGGAGUGUUAGUCCCAUGUACGGUCGCGACCCCUCACACUUCGAUUGCUUGUCACGUGGUUUCCGUUGCGAGAAUUCGCGACACCAUAGCUUGGAAUGACGUCGAGGAGAUGGGCCUUGUAUUCUUGCAUGCUCUCCCUUCGCCGGACGGACCAGCCACGUCACCACCGGACCCAUGCAUUUCUCACCUCUUGGACGAGUAUAGAGACGUAUUCGAGGCUCCCACCGGAACGGUCCCGGAUCGGCCCAUACGUCACGGGAUCACUCUCGAGGCUGGCGCCGUCCCUCCGCGUGGAUGUAUCUACCGCAUGAGCGAAGAGGAACUCGAGGUGCUUCGCGCACAACUCGAUGACCUUCUCGACAAGGGCUGGAUUCGCCCUAGUUGCUCGCCAUACGGUGCCCCUGUUCUCUUCAUCCGAAAGAAGAACAAAGACCUACGGUUAUGCAUCGAUUAUCGGAAACUUAACGCACAGACCGUCAAGAACACCGGCCCUCUCCCUUGGAUUGAUGAUCUUCUUGAGCGGUUAGGCGGCGCGACGUACUUCUCGAAGUUGGACUUGAAGUCAGGUUACCACCAGAUUGAAAUCCAGCCUCAAGAUCGGUACAAAACCGCGUUCAAGACACGGUACGGGCAUUUUGAGUGGGUUGUAAUGCCAUUUGGCCUCACCAAUGCCCCCGCAACUUUCCAAGCAGCGAUGACGACUGAGUUCCCCGACUUGCUCGAUCGCAGCGUCCUCAUUUACCUCGAUGACAUCUUGGUUUAUAGUAGGACGUUGGACGAGCACAUCGUACACCUCCGCGUUGUUCUGGAUCGUUUGCGACGAGCCAAGUACAAAGCGAAUCUCGACAAGUGCGAGUUCGCCAAGCAAGAGCUUGAGUACUUAGGUCAUUUUGUCACGCCGAAAGGCAUUCGUCCCUUAGCGGACAAGAUCCAAGCCUUCGUGGAUUGGCCGGAACCCCGUUGCAUGACGGAUGUACGCUCUUUCAUGGGUUUGGCUGGAUAUUAUCGGCGAUUCGUCGAGUCAUACUCGAAAGUACUCCUUACGGAUUACCUUAGAUAUCUACCUUCAGAGGUUAGGACAAAGCUGGUAGACGAGGCCUAUGUCGAGCAGCACAACUUCGCCUCUUUCAGCAAGAAGGCCUUAGAUAUAGAGGCAAAAUUGGGAUCUUCGCAUCAGAGUCAGGGAGAUGGUAGGAAAAAGAGGUUACCCCAGGACUGGAAAAAGAAAGGUCAACUAAUGUUCGUCGACCACAAUGGUCAGACGACAGAAAUUGACGACUUCCCAGACCUUGGGGAGGAGACAGAGCAUGAUGGGGCCAGUGAGACUUCGGAUGGGGGAGUCGUGGCACCCAUCAAGGAAAAGGCUAGGGGGACCGGGAAGAAGAAGGUAGGCCAGUCUACGGGUCAGGGCGACCAAGGAACACCCGCUUGGGUGAAACUUGGUUUAGAGUACGAGGUUUGGAGGGAUCGAGUUGCCAGGGGCACGUGUAUGAACUGUGGCAACUUUGGCCACACGUCUAGAAUGUGUCGAGGCAAAAAGGUCACUACGAGGGUAGCCUCACAAACGGUGGUGGGACUUUCUUCGAAUUCUGGCAGUGCUUCUGCGAGCACUUCGCAGGGAAACACCUCGGGCCAGUAGGAGUUUUAGUCGCUCUUACUCGCGCUG